AUGACGGCAACCACACCACGCGGAGGCGGCUCCGCCAAGAAGCGCCGAUCCCUGGGCGGCACCCUUCGCAGCUCUCUAGGGAGCGGUGCCCUCCCCCGGCCCCAGUCCUCUCUGCGAACGUCGAGGUCACUGACCGCCGCCCGUCUCCAGAUCGCAACCUUCCGCUCAGCAUCGCAGCCGCAGCAUGACUUGCUUGGUGGCCAAGAAGCUCCCAACGCUCAGCAUGCGCGCACGCCGUCGGGACAGAGCCAGCGCGCUUCCUCGCUCGAGAGCUUCAAGGAGAACAUGGCGCCGCCUGAUGCCGAGCACUACGAGACCCAGCGCAAGCAGAUCGAGGAGCUGAAGGCCGAGCUCGCCACCGAACGCUUCAAGAGCAACAGCUCCGUGCAGGAGACCGAAAUGAAGAUGCUGCAGUGCCAGAACGACGUCCGCGACGCCCAGCGCAAAGCCGAGGAGGACUUCAAGCAGCGCCAGGCCGCCGAGGCCGAGGCUCACAAAGUGAAACGCGACCUCGAGGCCCUACGCGGCAAACAAACCGAGGCCCAGGACUCCUGGGCCCAAGAGGGGCUUGCGCUGGAGAAGAAGGCACGAGACGCCGAGGAGGAGUCGCGACUGCUGAGGGAGCAGCUGGAGGAGAUGUCCGCCGCCAGAGAUGAGACGGAGCGCAUCAGCCAGAAGAGGAUUGCCGACCUGGAGGCACAAGUCUCGAAUCAAAGGCAGACAAUCGAAGAGGUGGAGAAGGACGCCCAGGCCCGGGAAACCCUGCUGCAGCAGACCCAGGAGCAGCUGACGGCAAAGGACAAGACACUCGGCGACCUCGAGGCCGAUGUACUACGCCUCAAGGCCCAGACGGGCGAUGCCGACACCAUUGCCAUCAUCAGGCGCGAACUUUCCGACCAAGUAGCACAUAUCCGCUCCUUGGAGGCCAAGACUGCGAAGCAGCAUGCCGAGCUCACCCAUUUGCGCCAGAUCUACAAGGCCGUUGAGGUGGUGGAAGAGGAAAAGCGGACACUACAGCGCAAGCUUGAAGCUGCACAAUCUUUGGAGACUGAGCUCACUGAAGCGCGUAUCCAACGCAAGCGACUGGAAGAUGAACGUCUGGCCUGGUCAUCUUAUCUCCAGAGCGCCAGUGAAUCUGAGGGCAUGAUGGAGUUUGACUCGCCCGAGUCCGUGGCUCGCGCUCUCGUAGAGGAGCGUUACAACUCUGCAUCACUGAUGGAAAAGUUGGGCGAUGUGCAGCCCCAAGUUGCCGAGCGUGACGAGAUCAUCAAGUCUCUUGAGAACGAAAUCGGCAAGCUCAACGCUCAUAUCGAGAAGCAGAAAACGGCAACUGCGCCUCUGUCUGCAGACAAAGCACGUGCUCGCAUCGAGCGGCAGCGACAGCUUGCAGUCAACGAGGUCGAAUACCUCCGAGCCCAGCUCAAGACAUUCGAUGCUGAGGAUGAGACGUUUGAGCCCGAAAAGGUUGAUCAGGAGCGAGCGCAACGCAUCUCUCGACUUGAGGAGCUGGUUGAGAAAUACAAGGCUGAAGUCAAAGAUCUGCACGCAGAGCUUUCGGCAGCGGAGAAAGCGGUUUCCAAUAGUUCCCCGGCACCUGCUGUCGGCAGCAAGCGCAAGAGCACAGAGGAUCCCGAGUCUGAACAGAUAGGGGAGCUGAACAGGAAGCGUCGGCAGCUCGCUGAUGACUUGUCAAAGGCGCAAGCAGAAUUACAAGUGCUCCAGAAGGACAAGUCUGUCCUGCAAUCCCGUCUGCAGGCCGCAGAGGCUCAGACCAAGACAAGGGUCCUAUCUCUUCGAUCGAACCCAACAUCGGACUGGGAAGCCAUCAAAGUCACUACGCUGGAGGCACUCAAGAAAGAAAACCAGCAGCUCCUCUCCCAGCUACAGAAGGCUCAUCGCAACCCAUCUUUCCCCGUCAUCCCUGCGUCACAGCUUGCAGCUACCAAGCGUGAGGUUGAAGAGGCCCUGAGGGAGAAGGCCUCGGCCGAGAAGAAAGCAUUGCGGCUCAAACAAGUAUGGCAGGCCAAGUCACAGGAGUUCAAGGAGGCCAUCUUCAGCACCCUCGGGUGGACUGUGACAUUCAUCCCGAACGGCAAGAUGCGCGUGGAGAGCGUUUUUUGCAAAAGCGAAAGCGAGGAAAACGAGAAUAGCAUUGUCUUUGACGGAGAACGUGGAACCAUGAAGGUUAGCGGAGGGCCACAGAGCCCGUUUGCUCGGCAUAUCAAUGAUGAGAUUCAGUUCUGGGUGAGAGACAAGGGUUGUAUACCGGGAUUCCUGGCAGCACUCACGCUCAAGUUCUACGAUGAGCAGUCGGCAGCUGCAAACCCUUGA